AACCUAGGAGUUCCAUUGAUCAGCUGAUUCGGAACUCACCCUUUUGAUUCAGUUUGCUCAUCAUUCAAACAAGGUUUAGCCAUGGCAGAAAGAAAAUGGAUUCUUCUAGUUUCGUUAGCUUUCAUCGUAGCUAUGUCUUGUUCGUCUUCUCGGAUCAUGAAAUCCUCUCAACUUCAGUACUCAUACAUGGGGGAACUAACGAGCAUGAUUCUGGGCAAGCUUCGGUUCUGGGCAACGUUCAACAAUGGCGUCGACGGCGACGGUGCAAAGAGUAGAGCUAUUGGGCCGAACAUGACGGCCUGCCACCACUCGUACGGCCGACCGGAUCUUUUGGUUUACUGUUGCCCGCCGGGAUUCGAGAAAUCGGUACCCUUUGUCGAAUUUGAGUUCCCCGAUCAUUUGUCGCCGGUAAGGGUGCGCCGUCCGGCGCACCUUUUGAACGAGAGCUUCAUCGCCAAAUACAAUAAGGCUUUAUCGAUAAUGAAGUCUCUGCCGUACGACGACCCUCGAAGUUUCACCCGUCAAGCUGAGUUACACUGCCAGUUCUGCACCGGCGCCUACGAGCAACUAAACCACUCCGACUCGCCGGUGAACAUCCACCGUACAUGGCUGUUCUUCCCCUGGCACCGCAUGAUGAUAUACUUCCACGAACGGAUCCUCGGUAGCCUCAUUGACGACGACUCGUUCACGUUGCCGUUUUGGGCUUGGGAUAUCCCCGAGGGAAUGCCGGUACCGGAUUAUUACGUCAACAAGAACUUAGCUUUCUUCCAUACGGAGCGCGAUUUCUCGCAUUUUCCACCGCGGGUGGCGGAUUUAGAUUACAGCACUGAAAACGAUCCUCCCCGUGUGAGCAACGAUGAACAAAUUGAUGUGAACUUGAAGUUUAUGUAUACUCAAAUGGUCUCCGGCGCGAGAAAAACGGAGUUGUUCAUGGGAUGCGCAUAUAAAGCACACGAUGGCUACUGUAAUUCUCCGGGCACCGUCGAGAGUGCGCCACACAACACUUUGCACACGUGGAUGGGAAGCGGCUUAAAUCCCGGAAGAGAAGACAUGGGCAAGUUUUACUCGGCGGCGAAAGACCCGAUUUUCUACGCCCAUCAUUCGAACAUCGAUCGGCUCUGGGAAGUUUGGAGAGAAAUUAAUGAUCGCCAAUUAGAUAUAACCGAUCCCGAUUGGCUCGACUCUUUCUUCUUCUUCUACGACCAGAAUUCAAAGUUAGUAAAGAUUAAAGUUCGUGAUGUUCUCGAUAUCACGAAACUGGGUUAUUCUUACGAGGAAGUCGACCAUCCAUGGCUGAACCACCGUCCUUCACCGUCGGUUCCGCCAAAACAAGCUCGUCAGAUGUUGAAACUCAAAGAAAACAAAAACCCAGUUUUUGUAUCCGAUUUCAGGCCCGACGGUCGAGUUUUGGACGGUAUAAUCACAGUGAAAGUUUCCCGGUCGAUGAAAAGGGAGAUCAAAUCGGUGGAGGAAGAAGAGACCAUUGUCGUGUACGGCAUUGAAGUUAAAGGAAACGACUACGUGAAGUUCGAUGUGUACGUAAACUUAAGCGACGAAACGAAAAUGAACCCCAGGUUCAGGGAAUUCGCCGGCACCUUUGCGCACAUCCCCGGCGCCGCCAUGAAGAAGAAGAUAAAGCUUAAACUGGGAGUUUCGGACCUGUUGAAAGAUUUGGAAGCCGAUGAAGAAGAAAGCAUAUGGGUAACGUUGUCGCCGGUGACGGUAAGUUGUAGUAAUGUAUCCAUUGAAGGGAUACAAAUUGAGUACACCAAAUGAACUAAGGGUACCUAAAGUAUCAAUUUUAAUUUA